AUGGCGGCGUCGCUCAGGUCCAUGUGUCAGCGGGCGACCCGCUGCUACCUGUCCGCCGACGCCGCGCGCUGCCGGGGCCCCGCCGCCGGCCGCAGGAGGUCGGCGGCGAAAAGUUAUGAGGUGAAGUGGCGGUGGUCAGGCGAGUGGCGGGGCCUGACGACGGGGAGAGGCGGCGGGAGCGGCGGCGGCGGCCUGACUCAGGCCAUACUGCAGGAGAAGCCGCCGCCGCCGCCGCAGCCGCAGAGGGACGACCGAGGAGGAGGAGGAGGAGGAGGAGAAGAUGGUGAUGGAGGGGGAGACGGAGGGCAGAAGCAGAAGCAGAACACGGCCUACGCCAAGAAGGUGGUGCUCAGGCUGGCCGGGCUGCUGGGGGCCGGCGGCGCCUUCGGGGUGGUCUACGUCUUCGGCAGCAAUUCAGUGGAUGAAACGGGGAACAAGAUUCCAGAUGAAUUUGAUAAUGAUCCACCCGUUGUACAGCAGUUACGAAGGACGUAUCGAUACUUCAAAGAUUAUCGACAGAUGAUAAUUGAGCCCACCAGUCAAAAGCUCCUGCCAGACCCCCUUAAAGAGCCCUAUUACCAGCCACCGUACACUGUUGUGUUAGAGCUAACAGAUGUGUUGCUGCACCCAGAGUGGUCGCUAGUGACGGGUUGGCGGUUUAAGAAGAGGCCUGGUAUAGAUUACCUCUUCCAGCAGCUGGCUCCGCUGUACGAAAUAGUUAUCUUCACCACAGAGACGGGAAUGACCGCGUACCCCCUCAUUGACAGCGUUGAUCCACACGGCUUCAUCAUGUACCGUCUGUUCCGGGACGCAACGCGCUACAUGGAAGGCCACCACGUCAAGGAUGUUUCCUGUCUAAACCGAGAUCCCUCCAAAGUCAUUGUUGUGGACUGCAAAAAGGAAGCCUUCAAGCUCCAGCCCUUUAACGGGAUCGCACUGAAGAAAUGGGACGGGAAUUCGGAUGACAGGACUCUGUAUGAACUUGCGGCAUUCCUGAAAACGAUCGCACUGAGUGGGGUGGAUGACAUCAGGGCAGUGCUGGAGAACUACGCCAUGGAAGACGAUCCGAUCAUAGCCUUUAAGAGGAGACAAGAGCUAUUAGCACAGGAGGAGCAACAGCGAAUUGCAGAUCUGUCCCAACAGAAGAAGCCUAGUCUGUCCCUCGGAUCCCUAACAAGCAAACUGUGGAAUCGGUCCAAAUAACGUUGACGUCCACACCAUCUGGUUCCCUUCGACCUGCGUUCCUGACGUGGAGAAGGCAUCGGGGCCUCACGUCAUCUCAAACUGUGCCGAGACCCACGCCUGCGGGCAGAAGGCGGGUGGGGAGGGGGUGUGUGUGAGCAGCUCGGCCCAGGACUCGCGUACGAAGAACUUUUGCCAACGGCGGAGCCGAGUGUUUUUUUCGAGCGGCUGAUCAGUUUGGCUCCCGGUCGGGCGGCGAGGAAGAGGGGCCGAGAUCGCGGCAUCACUCACUUUGCAGUCGCGCCAUGCUCGGAACGCCCACAAACCGAGGGGCAGGGGCGGUGGUGUGUGCGUGUG